AGUGUGAGUGGUUAUAUUUACCAUCAGUUGCUCGGACAUGAAGUUGAGGCGCAGAUGGUUCGUAACACACUACCUAGACGUUUUGGGGUACCUGGUCUUCCAGAACUGAAUGCAUCUCAGGUUAAUGCGGCAAAAAGUGUCCUUCAGAAGCCCAUCAGCUUGAUCCAAGGUCCACCUGGCACGGGUAAAACUGUGACUUCUGCAGCAAUUGUGUAUCACAUGGAAAAACAGGGCCAGGGACAGGUUCUCGUUUGUGCCCCAAGUAAUGUUGCUGUAGACCAACUAGCUGGAAAAAUUAGUGCUACUGGUUUAAAGGUUGUUCGCCUUUGUGCAAAAUCAAGGGAAGCUGUAAGUUCUCCUGUAGAGCAUUUAACCCUUCACUACCAGGUACGACAUUUGGACACAUCUGAGAAGAGCGAGCUGCAUAAGCUACAGCAGUUGAAAGAUGAACAAGGUGAGCUGUCGAGCAGUGAUGAAAAGAAAUACAAAAACUUGAAAAGAGCAACAGAACGUGAGAUAACCCAGAGUGCUGAUGUCAUAUACUGCACGUGUGUUGGUGCUGCUGAUCUUCGGUUGUCAAACUUUCGAUUUAAACAGGUACUUAUUGAUGAGUCUACUCAAGCAACAAAACCUGAGUGCCUUAUUCCUUUGGUCCUUGGAGUAAAACAGGUUGUUCUUGUUGCNGUAAGUUCUCCUGUAGAGCAUUUAACCCUUCACUACCAGGUACGACAUUUGGACACAUCUGAGAAGAGCGAGCUGCAUAAGCUACAGCAGUUGAAAGAUGAACAAGGUGAGCUGUCGAGCAGUGAUGAAAAGAAAUACAAAAACUUGAAAAGAGCAACAGAACGUGAGAUAACCCAGAGUGCUGAUGUCAUAUACUGCACGUGUGUUGGUGCUGCUGAUCUUCGGUUGUCAAACUUUCGAUUUAAACAGGUACUUAUUGAUGAGUCUACUCAAGCAACAAAACCUGAGUGCCUUAUUCCUUUGGUCCUUGGAGUAAAACAGGUUGUUCUUGUUGCUGAUCAUUGUCAGCUUGGCCCCGUCAUUAUGUGCAAGAAAGCAGCUCGUGCUGGCUUGGCACUGUCUCUCUUUGAACGACUUGUGCUUCUUGCUACCAAACCAAUCAGAUUGCAGGUACUAUAUCAAUCACUCUGCUCUAACAUAGCAAAUUUCACCACUUAAAAUGGAAAUUUAUUUGAGAAUGUUCUCAUUUUAUUAAAA